AUGUCCUGGAAAAACGACACACCUCUUCCAACCGAUGUACAAGCCGAUCCAAAAUUCCAAUCUUGGCACCAAUUCAACCCAAACUCCCAGCAGUGGAAUCCAGUAAGCGCGAAUGAAAACACAGAGCCACCACACACCACCGAUGAAACCUCAUCCGAUCUAGUACUCUUGACAUGGAACAUCGACGCAUUAUCCGAGAAGACCCAAGAACGCGUCACAGAAAUCCUCAAAUUCAUCACCGAACUAGAUACCAACGUGGACAUCAUAUUUCUCCAAGAAGUAUCACAGCGCGCCUUGCGACUGAUCUUGAGCCAUGAACGUAUCCGCGAAUUGUGGUUCUCAAGCGAACACGAGAAUACAUCAUGCAGGCACUCAUUCACGACAAUGACCUUGGUAUCCAAGACUCGAUUUGGAUCACGACACAGCUCUGAGACCAGCAGGUUUGCUCUAGGACCUGUGUGGAGGGUUGCCUUUCCUAGUCACUUUGAUAGAGAUGUGCUCUUUUGUGAUCUCUUCGUUCCUUCGUCUACAAGCCCUGCUUCUGCCACUCGAGUACGGCUUGCAAAUGUUCAUCUGGAUUCUCUGCCUCUCAGACCUUCACAUCGGCCCCGGCAACUCUCCAUUGUCUCUUCAUUCCUGCGGAGUGCGGGAUGUGGGCUGGUUGCUGGUGAUUUCAAUCCGGUUCUGGAUGAAGAUGCUGCACUUGUAGAGACAAAUGGUCUUACGGAUGUCUGGAUGGUGCUUCGUCCUGAAGAACCGGGAUAUACGUGGGGAACGGAUGGGAAGCAGCGGUUUCCGCCGAAUCGGAUGGAUAAGAUCGCAAUGCUUGGUCUCAAGGCGCGUGGGAUUGAAAUCCUCGAGGCUCGGCGAGUGGGGGAGGUGGAGGGACAACAGGACGCUCAAAGUGACGCGAAUAUACCCGACACCGAGCAGACUGGGCCUACAGCCGCACUCUGGAGCGAUCACCAUGGUUUGCUUUGCUCUUUUGGACUUGGAAAGUGA